UAUAAGCAAAUCGAGCAAAAAAGAGAGAGAGAGGAGAAAAUGGCUUUCUCACGUAUCUCAUUUGCAGCUUCUCUUGUAGUCUUCUCAUCUCUAAUCAUAUCCUCAGUUGCUUAUUACGGCAAUGAAGCCGACCCAGAGACCGGAAAAUUGAUUCCCAUCGCCGUUGAAGGGGUCAUCAUGUGCAGGUCCGGUGACAAAACUUACCCAAUCCAAGGUGCAACGGCGAGAAUUGCAUGUGUGAAGACUGACGCAUAUGGGAAAGAGAUAGUUCCAAUAUCGAUAUUGAGCAGCAAAACUGAUGCUAAAGGUUACUUCUUCGCUUCGAUAUUCCCUUCACAGCUUCGUGCAGGAAGGACCGUGACCAAAUGCAAAGCUUACCUUCACAAAUCUCCGAUCGCUGACUGCGAUUUCCCGACCGAUGUGAACAAAGGUGUCAGAGGACAGUCGUUGAGCAAGUUCCGUGUUCUUGCAGACAAGAGCUUCAAGCUUUACUGGGCUGGUCCUUUCUUCUUCACCUCUGAACCUACUUACUACUAAUUAUGAUCGUUUGAUCAUGAACGUAACGUGAAAUAAUUUGACGUGUUCUUGAGAUGGGAGAAUCUUUUCGUUUUGUUUGAUUCGUCGUCGUAAAACGUUUGUCUGAAAAUGAGCUAAUUGUUUGUUUUCUUUGUUUUUUUUUUAAUUUCAUGUCGUAUGACUUUUUUCAUGUACUAAUCUUAUGUUUUAUAAGUGAAUUCGUUUUAAUCA